GCCGACUUGUAAUGAGAAAACUGUUGAAACAUCUUGUCUGAAAGAAAAACUGAAGUUCUUAAUAAAAGUAUUAAUAUCAGCACAUUUUAAAGGCUGAAACAGCUGCGAGUAAAUUUAUAUGGGAUGUCGGCAAAUAUUACCCCGCUAGCAAAUCCUAAAGGAGUAAAGAAGCUGUGCGAACUUUGCCAGAAACCUGCGAAACUGCAGUGCACAAGAUGCCUGGUCACCUUUUACUGUAACUCUGACCACCAGCAAACUGAUUGGACCAGUAUUCAUGGAAAAGUCUGUUCGUUGCUGGUAUCUAUCCACACACCUGCACCAUUCGGCACACUGCAGUCCGACAGAGAGCAUCACCACAAAGAAACACUGAAGAAACAGAAACAUCUAGUAGAGAUUGCUCAUUUAGAGUCGCAGAGGUGGGUGUCCAAGAAGAGGUUUCAAGAUGUGUUACCAGCCGCUCUCCUAUUCCUGCGCUGGGCCACGCGAGUGCACGGAUCCUCUGCUGUUGAACUGGUGCCAGCUUAUCUACUGCUCGCACAGGCUAAUAUAGGUUUAGGUUCUCUCUCCCAAGCACAUGAGUAUCUGUCAAAGGCCGAGUGGACAGUAAUGAAAACACCAGGCUGCAGUCACACUGUCCUUCAUCAGCUACACAGGACCCUGGGCCGCCUGCAUGCUGCCAUGGGAAAAUACACAUCUGCUCUCACUCACUUUGCUAAUGAUGUGUACUAUGCAAGUGAAAUGUUUGGUUUGGGCAGUACUGUGACAUCUGGAGGAUAUUUCCUUAUGGCUGAUGUGUUUCUGAAGCAAAACAAGCCUGACAUUGCCCAGUCGCUGUACACAGAGGUGGCAAAUUCAUGGCACACUCACCUGUGUAAGCUGAUGGAUGGUAUCAGUCAGAGCAGCACUCAUCCAGAGAAGUGUUUUGAUGAGGCCCAGUGUGUGGAGGCUGAUCAGAUGUUGGGAUGUAUCUUAGAGUUUGAGGAACAUUGUGUGAAGCCUCGCCCUGAGCAGUCAGCCAUGUUGGCACAUUCUCUGGCUAUGCUGUGGUUACUAUGCAACAACUACACCAAGGCAUUGGAGUAUGGGAAGAAGGCUGAGGUGUUGAUCCAGGGGUUAAGUGAGCAAAACAGACUGAGAGAGUCGAUCCAUAACCUACUACAAUAUGCUGGAAAACAGUUGGAAUGAGACUGGCCUCUAAACUACAUAACACAAACCUCCACAAAACAAAACAAAAAGACCACAAUAUACAGCACAACAGUGAAACUUUGUAUUUACACUGUACAGUGUUCAUAUUCAUUCAUUAAAACCAUGGAUAUUGGGAGAUAUUGAUGUAUAAUUAAGGUGCAGUCAGGGCCAAAUUUCAUGGGCAAAAAAGGUCCAUUGUCUUGUUCAACAGUGAUGUAUGAAGCACAGCUCACAUUUAAGUUACUUUUGAACCAAGCAGCUGUCUCUUGGUCAACAGUCAGUUUGUGAACUCCAACCUGUCGUGAAAUCUGUGUGUGAGGAAUUAUUUUACCCUCAUGUAAAAUUCCUGAGCGAUUCCUCCUGAAAUAACUGGAUUUUGCCCAUGAAAAUUCGCUGAACAACAGUAUAUGUGACAACACCUUUAAUGAGGCAGACCACAGCAAAAAUCUAAUAAAAGACCAGUGGAGAAGGCC